CGCCUUAUUCCUAAAAUUUUCCAUUUUCCAGUUUCCACAAUAUUUUCCCUUCAACAAUUCCAUUUUCGUUUUUUUUUUCAUCGAUUCAAAUCUGAUUAUCAUCAUGAGAUUCAAGAAAGGUAGCAAAGUUGAGGUAUUGACCAAGGAGGAGGUUCCAACCGGCGCAUGGCGUUGUGCUGAGAUUAUCUCGGGCAACGGCCAUACGUAUAGUGUGAAGUACGGUUGGUUUCCGAUCACUGGCGAGGCGGCAGCUGUGGAAAGAGUCCCUAGGAAAGCGAUUAGGCCUUGCCCUCCUCCUAUGAACGGGAACAAUAAUUGUGCUUCUGGUGAUAUCGUAGAGGUGUUCGAUGACUUAUCCUGGAAACCGGCGGUGAUUGUCAAGGUUCUUGGUGGAAACAACUUUUCCGUUAGGAUUCUUGGGUCGAGUAGCGAACUCAAAGCGCAUCAAUCUCGAUUGCGUAUUCGGCAGUCUUGGGAAGAUGGCAAUUGGUUCCUCGUUGGAAAGGGUUCAUCAAAUUCCACUGGGCCGCAGAAAAGGAAAAGAUCUUCGCUUGGCUUCUCAUAUAUUGGUGCGCAAAAGAAGAGGGUGUUGGAGGAAGGUAGUAAUGGUGUUCAAAGAAUAAUAAUUCGGCUUCCUUCGCCUGCCUCUGAAAAGGUAGAUGCAUUUGAUUCCCCAAAUAAUAUGCUGGGUGAAAGAUGUAUGCCUUCUUCCUUUAAUAGAAUUGAUGAUACCCUGAGUUGUGCCUCCUCUGUUGGUAGUUGUAGUGGUUUAGGGACUUACGGUCUUAAUUUGUCUAAUUUUGUAACUAACGCUUGUGAAAACUUAGAGGAGGAUUGUCGAAGUGAUGCUGACUCUAAACCUGAAGUGAGUUGUCAAGAAGAAGGAAGUUAUGUUUCCACUAGUGUGGAAUUGGGGUAUGACUUCCAUAGGUCUGAACUACAUGCCUAUCAGAAAGCUCUAGGGGCAUUGCAUGCUUCUGGGCCUUUGACUUGGGAUGAAGAAGAAAAGGUGACAAAUUUACGCCUUACUCUUAAUAUUUCAAAUGAUGAACAUUUGAUGGAGCUAAGAAAGUUGAGAGAUAACAAUAAUAGGCUUUUUAUUAGCUGUUUCUAGAUUGGAAGAAUUCCUUUCAUACAUGGUAAUCUUGGUGUUAUGUUUGCUCCAAUGGUGCAGAUAAUUGUAAAGAAACUUUUCAAUUUUGUAAUUGCUUUAAUAGUUUUUUCUCCUACCUACAUGAUUGAAGCUUUUUUCUUUAUGUAAAUUUUUUCCUUUCUUUUCAUUAUAAUCUUUUGUAGAUGUGACAUAUUGUUCAUGCACUUAAAUUUCAGCACAGGAAAAUAUAAUUUGCCUUAGUGAAACUGUUGAGAAACAUUAAUAUGCAAAGAUUUGAAUUACAUUAAUUAUAUUCUUUUAUUGGUGUAAAGGAUUCCCUAAAUGAAUUUGAGUACAUACUGUUUUAAAUGCAUGUCCUUUACACACCCCCCUCCCCAAAGAGAAAAAGAAGAAAAAACCAAAAGACAGACCGUUUUCUUGAUUCACUAGGUAGGGUAUUGUGAAUUCUGAUGUGUUAUAGGCUGGUUUAUGGAAUCUAGCUGGUAUUUUGUAUAUUUGCAGUUUUAUUCAUGUGAAACUGUUCUAUUUCAUCUCAUGAUGAUGGAUACAAAUGUUAUACAUGCAUUAUUUCGGCAGUAUAUGGAAUUAAUGUUGAGAAAUAUCUUGAUGCUUUCUCAGAAUAUCUCAUGGCCAAUGUUGGAGGCAUCCAUACCUUGCUUCUAAAGCCAUGAUUGGUUGAGUUUGUCAUCUCUAGCAGUUGACCAAGGGGCAACAGCCAUGGUUUAUUCCUAAACAAACUCUUAUGCCCUGCUGUUGGUAUGAAUCAUUUCUAAAAUUAUUUUUCAAAUUUUGACUUUAUAUAUGGCAGUAUUGUUAUAGGUCAUUGUCUUCCUCAUUGCAGAUGCCCUACAGUUACUAUGUAAAUUGAUAUUGCAGUGACACGUCUGGAAAGAAAAAUACAUAAUACGGAAAAAAAAAUACAUAAUCUUAAGAAAAGGACAACUAUAAUAGUUGGAAAGCUUUUGCGUCUCCAGAAUAUAUGUAUAAUAAUGAACGUUUUAAGUAGGAUGAUUAAUGACACUCUCCCUCCCCUCUUUUGUGCAAAAGACUAAUAACCUUAAAUGCUCGAGUAUUGACCAGAAUAUGUGAUCAUCUCUUGACUCUAAAAAAAUCAACUUUGGCCUUUUUCAGGCUUCAUUAUUACUUUCUCAAUGUAAACAAGUUCGUAAAUGAUGAUUUAUGACAUUUGAUCAAAAGCUGUUCUAACUUCAUAGGUGGUUGCUUGAUUUUGUUAGAUGGAUGCAUGUAUAUCCAUUCGGGACACCAGGUUCAAAAAUCUUCCCAUGUGAUGUAGGAGUUAUUUUGUCCUUGCAUGGUAUUAUUUGUUUUCAAUCUUAGUGAAAUUUGCAUGAAAAAUCCUUGUUUUAGCAUCAAUGAAUAAAGAACCAAACUGUGUGGUUGAACUGGUAAUUGGUGACUCGUUUGGUCCAAUAAGUGGCAUUUAACUGGUAAAGAAUAAAUUAUAAUUUAAUCGCUUUUAGGUUUUAAUUAUAAUGACUCAACUCUUGGUUCUAUUUGCAUGAAAAAAAUCCUUGUAGCAUCAAUGAAUGAAGAACCAAACUGGCUGGUUGAACUGGUAAUUGGUGACUUGUUUGGUCCAACAACUGGCAUUUAACCAUGAACUGAUCAAGAAAUAUUAAACUGGUUGCUUUUAGGUUUUAUUAUUAUAAUUGAUGGGAUUUUGACUCAACUCUUGGUUCUAUUUUAACCACCAUCCAAAUGUACUUUUAAAAGUUAGACUACAUUUAAUAUUGAUUCAUGUAGACUACAUUUAAUAUUAAAUGUAGACUACAUUUAAUAUAGUACAUGUUAUGUGUAAAUCUAUUUUCAGUUAACAUUGGCCGGGAGUGGUUGGACUAAUUGAACCAAAAACCGGCUGCCCCACAUCUUAAACCUAUUUUCUGGUCACUUAUUCGUUAGUACUUUAACCCCUGAUAAUGUACAGUGGUGUGAAUCUAUGUUAUGGAUAACAUGGACUUUUCCUGUGAUCAUGUACACGGUCUGAGCAUUGGAAGGCUUGUUGAGGAUAAGUGUCUGUUUCUAUAAUCAUAUAUCAGGUUCUUAUUCACUUCUGAAUGCAGCCAUGGACUGAAAUAAGUGGUUCAGUUUAUGUCAUGUACUAUGAAUGAGAAUUCAUGCUGUCAGUGACAUUGUCUUUUUUCCCUAAUCAUGUACCGUGGCAAGUCUUCGAAAGACUUGUAUGGGCUGAUGUUUGAUGUGAAAAGAUUGUUAUAUCCUUUGAUUCUAGGCAGGUUCUUUUCAAUUGGUAAGUGUCAGUUACUGCUUUACAUGUGCUGCAAUUGGGGGUUAGGGUUUUACAUUAUUUUGGACAUUUUGUUCAUCUGUAUUUUAACAUGGGUGGAUUUUAUGUUUUAUAUAUUUAUGUAAAUAUUUUCCGGUUCAGGUUCAUAUUGCGAAAAAAAAAAAACCCUUCAAAUUGAAUUUUUCUUUUUGAAGAUUUCAUCAUUGGCUUAUGGAAAAGUGGACUAUCAUAAAAUUUUCCAUUUUCAACGACAGUUUCCCUAAUGUACCUUUUUUUCUCUUGGAUUCAAAUCUGAUUCAUUGAUAACGAGAUUCAGAAAGGUAGCAAAGUUGAGGUAUUGACCGAGGAGAUUCCAACUGGUGCUUGGCAUUCUGUUGAGAUUAUCUCUGGUGAUGGCCAUACAUGAAUGGCGUGAAAUGCAGUUGGUCUCGGUUUCUGAACACUGAAGAGGCAUCAGCUAUGGGGAGAGCCCCUAGUAAAGCGACAGGCCUUGUUGCCCUCCUAUAAAUGGGUACACUAAUUGGGUUUAUGGUGGUGCUGUAUAGGUGUUGGACAAGUUUUCUGUUAGGAUUCUUGGAUCAAGUAGCAAACUAAGCACAUCAAUCUCGACUGCCUGUUUUACAAUCUUGGGAAGAUGGCAAUAGGAUUCUAGUUGGAAGGUAAAUCCUUUUGAUUCUUGUUUUUUGAAGGAUAGUUUUAAUAUUUCUCUUCAUUAGAUGUAAUUGAUUCUUGCCUCAAUUAUUGUUUUCUACCUCAUGAUUAUCAAAUCCCACUGGGCCACUGAGGAGGAAAAGAUCUUUACUUGGCUUCUCGGAUGUGGUGCGCAAAAGAAGAGGGUGCUUGAGGAAGGUAGUAAUGGUGUUCAAAGGAUAGUACUCGGCUUCCUUUGUGUACUUGCGUUUGUUUCCCCAAAGAAUAUACUUCGUGAAAGGUGUAUGCCCUUCUUCCUUUAAUAGAAUUGAUGAUACCAUGGGUAGUGUUAUGUUUUACUCCAAUUAAGUAAUUGCUUUUAUAGUUUCUUUUGCUGUCUUUAUAAUUGAGGCCUUCGUUCUUUAUGCAAUUUUUUUCCCUUUUCA